CAAGUGGCAUCGGGCUCCCACAGGUUGUGGCGAAUACUUCAGUGUAUAGAAAUCUACCUGACAUUAAUUCGCAUGAGCGGUUCACUGUGUCAUGUCUGAAAAUAUGGCUUCCCAAGGCUCCAUAGAGACCUCUACCAUGACAAGAACUGAAGGUUUCAGAGGAUCCGAAGAGGAGGAAAUCAUCAAACGUGUUUUACAAAUUAUAAUUACCACUGGGACUAUGCCCGCAUUCCUCAAUUUAGUUAUACAAACUAGUAAUGCUUUAGAAGGAUCGUCUUUUGUCGAUGCGUCUGUUUAUCUUCGAAUAAGCUAUGAACUUCGGAAGGCACACCAAACAAACUUUAGAAGUGGAUAUCCAAAGUGUAUAGUGGUUUACAUCAAGGACAUACUAAAUAUGUCUGUUCUUGAAAGUUUUCGGGCAGAUGGAGUAGAUGCCAUCAAGGAAUAUCCGACUCGACAAGCAUUCUUGACGUUGAUGGAAUUUCUGCGUGAGCAAAACAAUCAUGAAAAGGCAAUUAAAAAACUGAUGUUAGCAGCGACUCUUACAGCAAAUGGAAAUGAAGAAACACAAAUAUUGGCGGGAUUGGCACACCACCUGUUUUCCCAGUUGGUACCAGGCAAGAAAUAUGAGGUUGAUGAAUAUACAAAGCAACUUCCAAAAGAAUGUGGCUGUGGUUGUAAGGCCAAGAUUCGUGAAGGAAACACUUCCAUAGGAUCGCUGGGAACAUGGCAUGGCAGAGUUGAUAUUAUCUUGAAUGAUACCAUUGCUGUGACAGUUGUGAAGAAACCAACCGGUGAUACUGAAGAGGAUGGUACAGAUGACAACGAACACGAGAGAAAACAAAUAAAGGCAGAGAAUGAUAAAAUUUGUGAAGUUUGUGUGGAGGAGAAACCCAUCAAGGGACCAGACUGUGAUCUCCUGGAUCAAAAGGUCCUGAAGCAAAUCUUGGCUGAAGCCAUAACAAAUGGAUUUGCUCAAGUUAACAGGAACAAGAGUACACUGUCACAUUUCCUGAUUCCAACGAUUGGAGCCACAUCUGACCAUGUUUCUAUUUGUCUGUAUGACCCUGAAAGUGACUGCUUACUUCACAUCAAGAAACAGCUCAAGUUAUGGUUGCCAGAUGGCAGACUAAAUAUUAUUAACAUCACCAUUAUUUGGCUUUUCUUGAAUUUCACUAUUUUCACCAGGAGACAACUGGCUGCUGAAUUAAACAUUGAUAAGUCUGGAUUACAUAUGGAUUUACAGGAACACCUGGAGUGUUACAAACAGGCAGAAACAAAAACAAAUUAUGAUUCUCUAACACCUGUUGGAUCGUUGUCGGGCGAAUUGUUUGAUUAUUUAUAACUUGCUAAAAUGUGUUAAAAUUUUAAGCAGCAACUGCUCAUUUUCCAAGAAGCCAAGGUUCAUGAUAUUGGCCAUGUACUUUCAUGCUGGAGUGAAAGGCUACCAAAUGUGUUCAAAUGAAUGACCUUGACCUACUUUCAAGGUUACAGAAGUCAACUUUACAUGAUAUGGUAUGGUUUUUGUUAUAUAUUUAAGGUUUAUGUAAAUAGCAAAUCCAGUCAUAUUUGACAAGCCUGUAAAUAGCUAUUCUCUUGCAUUGGAACAAAGGUAACUGAUUACAUAAUCAGUUGAUAGUAUACGUGUACUAUAUAUUGAGGCUAACUAUACGCUGCCCUCCAAAAGUCCUGUUACAAUUAUUACGUAAAUUACAGCGAAGUUAAUCUCAAAGUCUUUAUUACAAUUUGUUAGAAUCAUAACUUCUUAGGAUGUUUUUGUUCAUGAUUUCAAAUGUUCAUGUUCGUUUUACAACAGUGCAUAUGUUUUGUUACAAUGGAAAUCCUCAAAAUGCAACAUUCUGGAAAUUUCCCUCUUUGUUUAAUAUAAAUUUCAAAAAUGCAUUUCUUACAUUUUUUUUACUGUUUAAUCAGUUAAACAAUUACUUUUAUUUGUGUCAGUAAAAAAAAAACCAAUAUUUUUAUUCAUUUUGGAACAUUAUGGAAAAUAGGACCCUCCAUUCCCUCCCCCUGCAAGUUCAAAGAAGUGAGGUAUUUUUCAAAUAAUUUGCAAUUGUCACUUACAAAUGGACUAUCUUACGGAUAUUACAACACUUUUUCUCAAAUUUUGUUGUCUAGCCAUUUGAUUUAAACGUUCCAAGUGUAACAGAACUUUUUGAGGGCAGUGUAUAAAAAAAAACUAUAUCAUUUAGAGUACGUACAAAUAUUCUAAUAUUUCUGAAGACGUCUUAUUUCAUCUAGAGUACACAUGUAUACGUUAAUGUUCUAAUAUUUCUGAGGACAUUUCUUGGGUCCGAUGUCCAUCAUUUUUGUAUCAUAUGCAAUAGUAUCCUACAACUUGUGAACAGAUAUCUAAAUAUUGGUAUAUACAUCACGACUUGAUUGUAUAACAUUGGUAUUCACUAUAACCAGGCCUGAUUGUAUAACAUUGGUAUUCACUCUAACUUGGCCCGAUUGUAUAACAUUGGUAUUCACUAUAACUUGGCCUGAUUGUAUAAUACUGGUAUUCACUCUAACUUGGCCUGAUGGUAUAACAUUGGUAUUCACUAUAACUUGGCCUGAUGGUAUAACAUUGGUAUUCACUAUAACUUGGCCUGAUUGUAUGACAUUGGUAUUCACUCUAACUUGGCCUGAUGGUAUAACAUUGGUAUUCACUAUAACUUGGCCUGAUUGUAUGACAUUGGUAUUCACUCUAACUUGGCCUGAUGGUAUAACAUUGGUAUUCACUAUAACUUGGCCUGAUUGUAUAACAUUGGUAUCCACUCUAACUUGGCCUGAUGGUAUAACAUUGGUAUUCACUAUAACCAGGCCUGAUUGUAUAACAUUGGUAUUCACUCUAACUUGGCCUGAUUGUAUAACAUUGGUAUUCACUAUAACUUGGCCUGAUUGUAUAAUACUGGUAUUCACUCUAACUUGGCCUGAUGGUAUAACAUUGGUAUUCACUAUAACUUGGCCUGAUGGUAUAUUUAUUACAUUGGUA